AUGGCUUUCGAUGCCCUCUCUCCUCGUGAGGUGAUCGAAGCUGUCUCAAAUGCAGGAGCGCGGAAGGGGCAUACGAAGCUGGCCAAAGUCUUUAUGAGUGCUGUAUCGGCUGGGUGUUUGCUUGCAUUUGCCUGUGGAACUUCUCUCAGUACCAAUGCCACGCCCUGGUUCCAAGAAAAUGCCCCGGGUUUAAUGCGAACCAUCAGCGCCUUGGUGUUUCCUUACGGGCUGUGUAUGAUUCUCCUGACGGGCGCAGAUCUCUGCACUGGGUCUUUCAUGUUUACCACCGUGGCAGUGCUUCACCGACGCCUGCCUUGGUCCAAGAUGUUAAUUCACUGGGUGGUGACUUUCCUCGGGAACUUGGCCGGAUCUUUGUUUGUCGUGGCUAUUAUCUUUGGCUAUGGAAAUGUGUUCUCAGCGGAACCUUUCAAGUCGACCGUCAUUUCUUUUGCCACAAAAAAACAGGUCACACCUGCGUUCCACAUGAUACUUUUGCGUGGUAUCGGAUGUAACUGGCUAGUAUGCCUCGCCUGUUUCUUUGGCAUCCAGGGCCGUGAUCUAGCUUCAAAGGUGAUCGGCAUUUGGUGGCCUACCUUUGCAUUUGUGUCGCUAGGCUUCGACCAUGUCGUUGCCAAUAUGACAUUCAUUCCAUUGGGUAUCUGGACCGGAGCGCCGCACAUCACGGUUGGAAUGUACAUUUGGAAAGGUAUCAUCCCAGCUCUACUAGGAAACAUCAUAGGUGGCGGGAUAUUUUGUGGAACUUACUAUUGGUACAUGUACCUCCUCGAUAUGGAUACUCUGCCUUUGUAUGCGGUCGGGAGGACUGCUGUUAGCUCCUCACCCUCAGUAUCGCACUUAAGUGGAGCGGCCGCCAAGGAGACAGAUACUGAGAGAUCAUCAACUUAA